CAAAAAGAUUAAUCUUUACUACUUUAGUCAUCCAGGUUCAGACCAAGUCCCUAAAAUCGUGGGCCGCGUAGAAGGUAAGAAAAAGAAAAGAAAAAUCAAUAUACAGGCCAGGGAAGCAAGGAAGAGUGCAGAAGGAAACUCUCAUUCUCGUCUCCCAUAAACCUCUCCGCAUCAUCGGAGAUGAAUGACAGACUAAGUUGAAGAAGAAUGAAAACCAACUAGCUCAUAGAUCUCGUCGAGGAAAUCUGCGAAACUGGAGCUGGUGUUGCUCAUUGCUUUCUGCAUUUGCAAACUGAAGUGAAAAACAGCGGCUUUGAUCCGACUAUAGAACUGAUCUGAUCUUCUUGCAGUUUCAUUCAGAAAAAAUGGCUGCUUUAGUCAGCUUAAGUGCUGGCUCUCUUGUCUGGGUGGAGGAUCCUGAUGUAGCCUGGAUAGAUGGGGAAGUUUUGGAGGUCAAAGGUGAAGAUGUCAAGGUUCUUUGCACAUCUGGAAAAACGGUUGUUGUUAAUUACUCCAAAAUAUAUCAUAAAGAUACUGAAGCUCCACCAUGUGGUGUUGAUGAUAUGACAAAGCUGGCAUAUCUGCAUGAACCUGGAGUUCUUCAGAAUAUAAAAACCAGAUAUGAUAUGAAUGAAAUAUAUACUUAUACAGGAAAUAUAUUAAUCGCUGUCAACCCUUUUAGAAGAUUGCCUCACCUCUAUGACACUCAUAUGAUGGCACAGUAUAAGGGUGCUUCCUUUGGGGAGCUCAGUCCUCAUCCCUUUGCUGUAGCAGAUGCUGCAUAUCGACUUAUGAUCAGCGAAGGAAUAAGUCAGUCAAUAUUGGUAAGUGGUGAGAGCGGGGCUGGAAAAACAGAAAGUACAAAGCAGUUAAUGCGUUAUCUUGCUUACAUGGGAGGGAGAGCUGCAACUAAUGGGAGGACAGUUGAGCAGAAAGUCCUGGAGUCUAAUCCUGUGCUGGAAGCCUUCGGUAAUGCAAAGACUGUCAGAAACAAUAACUCUAGCCGUUUUGGUAAGUUCGUGGAGAUUCAGUUUGAUCAGAAGGGAAGGAUUUCAGGCGCUGCAAUCAGAACAUAUUUACUGGAAAGAUCUCGGGUUUGCCAAGUUUCUGAUCCCGAGAGAAAUUAUCAUUGUUUCUAUUUGCUAUGUGGUGCACCUUCAGAGGAUGUACAAAAGUACAAACUGGGAGAUCCAAGGACAUUCCAUUAUCUAAACCAAUCAAAUUGCUAUCAAUUAGAUGGGGUUGAUGAGGCAAAAGAAUACUUAGAAACAAGAAAAGCAAUGGAUAUUGUUGGAAUAAGUUCUGAAGAGCAGGAUGCAAUAUUUCGUGUUGUGGCCGCGAUCCUCCAUCUUGGGAACAUAAAAUUUGAAAAGGGAACGGAAAUAGACUCAUCAGUUCCCAAAGAUGAAAAGUCUUGGUUUCAUUUAAGAACUGCAGCCGAGCUGUUCAUGUGUGAUGCUAAGGCAUUAGAAAGCUCCCUCUGUGAACGUGUUAUUGUAACUCGUGAUGAGACUAUCACCAAAUGCCUGGAUCCGGAAGCUGCCACUGUCAGUAGAGAUGCUUUGGCAAAAGUUGUAUAUUCAAGAUUGUUUGAUUGGCUAGUAGAUAAAAUCAAUAGUUCACUUGGUCAAGACCCCGAUUCAAAAUCCUUAAUUGGAGUGCUGGAUAUCUAUGGGUUCGAGAGUUUCAAGACUAACAGCUUUGAACAGUUCUGUAUAAAUCUGACAAAUGAAAAGCUUCAGCAGCAUUUCAAUCAGCACGUUUUCAAAAUGGAACAAGAAGAGUAUACAAAAGAAGAAAUUAACUGGAGCUAUAUUGAGUUCAUUGACAAUCAAGAUGUUCUAGAUCUAAUUGAAAAGAAACCAGGUGGUAUUAUAGCACUUCUUGAUGAAGCUUGUAUGUUUCCCAGAUCAACUCAUGAAACAUUUGCUCAAAAACUUUAUCAAACUUUUAAGAACAAUAAGCGUUUCAGCAAGCCGAAAUUGUCUCGUUCCGACUUCACUAUUUGCCAUUAUGCUGGUGAUGUCACUUACCAAACCGAACUGUUCCUUGAUAAAAAUAAAGAUUAUGUCAUUGCUGAACACCAAGCACUUCUAAGUGCUUCCAAGUGCCACUUCGUUUCAGGUUUGUUUCCACAGUCAACUGAGGAGUCUUCAAAACAAUCAAAAUUCUCUUCUAUCGGCACCAGGUUUAAACAACAAUUGCAAUCUUUGCUUGAGACUCUAAAUGCCACCGAGCCGCACUAUAUUCGCUGUGUAAAGCCUAACAAUUUGCUUAAACCAGCUAUUUUUGAGAAUCCUAAUGUUUUGCAACAACUCCGUUGUGGGGGAGUUAUGGAAGCAAUUAGAAUAAGUUGUGCUGGAUAUCCCACUCGCAAACCUUUCUACGAAUUUUUAGACCGCUUUGGUAUCCUUGCUCCUGAAGUAUUAGAUAAAAGUGCGGAUGAGGUCGCUGCAUGCAAGAUGCUUCUGAACAAAGUAAAACUUGAAGGCUAUCAGAUUGGGAAAACAAAGGUCUUUCUAAGAGCUGGUCAGAUGGCAGAGCUGGAUGCUCGCAGAAAUGAGGUCUUAGGAAGAUCUGCAAGCAUAAUCCAAAGAAAAAUUCGUUCUUAUAUGGCUUGUAAAUAUUUAACGUUGUUGCGUCGGUCAGCAAUGCAUAUGCAAUCUGUUUGCAGAGGAGAGCUUGCUCGACAAGUCUACGAGGGCUUGAGGAGAGAAGCUUCCAGUAUUAAGAUCCAGAGAAAUAUGCGUAUGCAUUUUGCUAGGAAGGGUUACAAAGAGUUGUGCUCUGCAGCUAUUUUAAUUCAGACAGGCAUGCGUGGGAUGGAUGCACACAAUGAGCUUCGUUUCAGAAGACAAACAAAGGCAGCAAUUAUCAUUCAGAGCCAUUGUCGCAAAUUCUUAGCCCGUAUAGAUUUUAAGAAGAUGAGGAGAGCUGCACUUACCACACAAUGUGCUUGGAGAGCAAGAGCUGCUCGCAAAGAACUACGAAAUCUUAAGAUGGCUGCACGGGAGACAGGUGCUCUCCAAGCAGCGAAGAAUAAAUUAGAGAAGCAAGUUGAAGAAUUGACUUGGAGACUACAACUGGAGAAACGCAUGCGGGCUGACUUGGAAGAAGCAAAAACACAAGAAAAUGCAAAACUACAAUCUGCUUUGCAAGAGCUGCAAGCCAGGUUCAAGGAGACUAAAGAAAUGCUUGUUCAAGAGCGUGAAUGUGCAAAGGAAGCAGAGAAAGUCCCAAUCAUACAGGAAGUCCCUGUUAUUGACCAUGUCACAAUCAAUAAGCUUACUGCUGAAAAUGAAAAGCUCAAGACUAUGGUUAGCUCUCUAGAAAUGAAGAUUGAUGAAACAGAGAAAAAAUUUGAAGAAACAAGCAAACUAAGUGAGGAAAGGUUGAGGCAAGUGAUGGAGGCAGAGUCAAAGAUUGUUAAUUUGAAGAGUGCUAUGCAAAGGCUUGAAGAAAAAGUUUUUGACAUGGAGUCAGAAAAUAAAAUUCUUCGAAAGCAGGCCCUGAUGACACCAGCUAAGCAGAUGUCAGAACCCUUGACUUUGGCCAAGAUACUGGAAAAUGGGCACCUUCUGAAUGACGAAAACAGAACUGGGGAACCAUCUAGUCCGUCACCUGCUAUAAUCUUUGAAACUCCUGAUAACAAACCAAAGAAGCCUCCAGUUGAUCGACAGCAUGAGGAUGUUGAUGCACUCAUUAAUUGUGUAAUGAAGGAUAUUGGUUUUAGUCAAGGAAAACCUGUUGCAGCUUUUACUAUUUACAAAUGCCUUCUCAAUUGGAAAUCUUUCGAAGCUGAUAGAACAAGUGUUUUUGACCGUCUAAUAAAUAUGAUUGGUUCUGCUAUUGAGAAUCAAGAAGACAACGAGCACAUGGCGUAUUGGCUGUCAAACACUUCUACCUUACUUUUUUUAAUCCAGAAAAGUUUGAAACCUGCCGGUGCAACUCCUUCCCGAAAACACCAAACUCCAACAUCCCUGUUCGGAAGAAUGACAAUGGGAUUUCGCUCUUCACCUUCUUCUGUCAAUGUUGACGCAGCAGCAGCUGCACUGGUAGUUCGCCAAGUUGAAGCCAAAUAUCCAGCUCUACUUUUCAAGCAGCAGCUUACAGCAUAUGUUGAGAAAAUCUAUGGUAUUAUUCGAGACAACUUGAAGAAGGAGUUGGGAGCACUAGUAUCUUUGUGUAUACAGGCACCCAGAGCCUCAAAAGGAAGUGUGCUAAGAUCUGGACGGUCAUUUAGCAAAGAUUCUCAGGCAAAUCACUGGGUUGGAAUCAUUGAAUGCCUCAAUUCUCUUCUUUGCACAUUGAAAGAAAAUUUUGUGCCCCCUAUUCUCGUUCAAAAGAUAUAUACACAAACGUUCUCCUACAUCAACGUGCAGUUGUUUAACAGUCUUCUUCUACGUCGUGAAUGUUGUACGUUCAACAAUGGGGAAUAUGUCAAAGCUGGUUUGGCUGAGCUAGAACUAUGGUGUGCCCAGGCUAAAGAAGAAUAUGCAGGUGCUGCCUGGGAUGAACUAAAACAUAUAAGACAAGCUGUGGGGUUCUUGGUUAUUCAUCAGAAGUACAGAAUAUCUUAUGAUGAGAUAACUAAUGAUUUGUGUCCCAUUCUUAGUGUCCAACAACUAUACAGAAUAUGUACUCUGUAUUGGGAUGACAACUACAAUACUCGAAGUGUGUCAUCGGAUGUCAUUUCUAGCAUGAGGGUGUUGAUGACUGAAGAUCUAAAUGAUGCUGAAAGCAGCUCUUUUCUUUUGGAUGAUAACUCAAGCAUCCCCUUCUCAAUAGAUGAGCUUUCUGAUACGAUUCAAGUAAAGGACUUUGCAGAUGUCAAGCCUGCAGAAGAACUUCUCGAGAAUCCUGGCUUCCACUUUUUACAGGAUUAAGGCUGCGGGAUCCUCGAGGUUUCUUAUAAAUCUUAUAUGCUGCACAAUAUUAUGUUGUAAAUCCAUUAUUUUUUCAUAUUCUUUACAUAUAGUUUGUAGUAGAAAUUUUGCAUUUGUAGGUGUAAAAUGUGUAGCAUGGUGGGGGAGGGGGCAUUCGUUUAGGCAGGAGUUUUUUUGUCCAUGGAAACAUUCAUUCUCAGAAGAUAGGCUGGGAAAGCAUGACUGUUGUAGAUAUAGGGUGGCAAAGAAUAUGCUCAAAUACACAUCUUGGGAAAAACAGAUUUAUAAUACACAAAACAUAUAUACAAGAAUCAUAUCGUAGAGAUUGGUUUCACAUGAGAACAUGAAGCCCUAACUUGCUUCAUGUAAUAGAACACAUGUAAACUAUUUUGUAUUUAUAAUAUACCAGUGUUUUUUGUGCGACAUUUCUGUGCCAAUUAAUGUUGUGCCGUUCAAAGGGC